CCUUAUCGGAGCCAUUAUAAUCCAAGCCUGAGGCUUUAAAGGGGGGUUCGAACGACUGAAAUCUUUAGUACUUUUUAAAUCUCAAUAUGAAUAAGUUCUUGAUUCUGGCCCUGUGUCUGGGUGUGGUGGCUGCAGAUUUCCAAGCUAGCCACAAUGCCGCCCAUCUGCAGGCGGUGGAGCAGGCUCGCAAAAACACCGGCUACGGAUCGAGUGCCUCAUACGGCGGAUCCGCUGGUCAAUAUGACUCCUCUGCCGGAAACUUGGGCAACUUGGAGAGCUCCUAUGAGUCUGUGGGUGUGACAGAGUCCGCCGCCGGUGCCGGAUCAGCUGGAAGCUCUGUGGAUUCCAUUGGUGGUGCUGCCGGUACUCAGUUCGGCAGUGGAUCCUCCUUCGGAGCGAACAGCGGCUCAGCCUUUGGUGCCGGCUUCGGUGCCCAGAACGCCGCAUCCUUCGGUGCCCAGAACGCCGCUGCCUUUGGCUCCCAGAGUGCCGCCAACUUCGGCUCCUCCUUCUCCAGCAACGCCGCCUUCCAGACCAGCCACGCCUCGAACUUUGGUGCUUCCUCCGCCCACCAGGCCGGUAGCAAUGUUGAGUUCUCCGACAACUCGAAUGCCGGCACUAAGGUUGACUUUGGUGGUGCCAAUACCCUGGACCUCGUGAGUGGUGGAGCUCCCGUUUCCAGCGGCAACGUGGAGUAUGUCCGCCAGGAGAAGAUCGUGUCUGCGCCCGCCCAGCGCAUCGUGUACUCCGCCCCCUCCGCCUCCGAGCAGUAUGUGCGCCACGAGGAGCGCAUUGUGAAGCAGCAGCCCCAGGUGCAGGUGGUGCAGCAGCCCGUGGAGACCUCCCACUACUACCAGCGCAAAGUGACCACCACCUCCUCGGCGCCCCAGCUGGUUCAGCCCGCUGCCGCCCGUCUCGUCUCCAACAGCGCCUCCAAUUUCGGCAGCAACUCCGCCUUCAGCUCCCAAUUCGGCAGCUCUUUCGGCCAGAACUCCGCUCUGUCUUCCGGCUUCAACCAGAAUGCUGCUCUGUCCUCCGGAUUUGGCCAGAAUGCCGCUCUGUCCUCCGGCUUCGGCCAGAACUCCGGACUCACCGCCGGCUUUGGCCAGAACGCUGCUCUGUCUUCGGGCUUUGGCCAGAACUCCGCUUUCUCCGCAGGCUUUGGCCAGAACGUUGGAUUCAACUCCGGCUUCGGUAACUCCCAGGUGUCGCAGCUCAUUAGCCAGGCCCAACAGAACGCCCGCCAGCAGGCCGCCUCCGGAUCAUACUCCAGCGGCUCUGGACUCUCCUCCGCCAACCAGGUCCAGGCCGGCACCGGUUACCAAACUGGCUUCAGUUCCGGAUUCAACUCGGCCAACUCCUUGAACUCGGCUAGCUCAUUGAACUCGGCCAGCUCCUUGAACUCCGGCAGCAGCUUGGGCGCCCUCGUCACCGGCGAUCAGUCCCUGCUUAGCGGCUCUCUGCUCGGAUCAAAUGUUGGACUGGGUCUUAACGCGGGUCUGACCAGUGGCCAGCAGUCCUCCAACUUUGGCGCCGGAUACGGAGCCGGAGCCGGUAACGCCGGCAGCAACUACCAGACCAAGCAGUGGGAGAAGCAGUCCAAGUGGUCCUCCCAGUCUCAGUACGACUCUGAUGGCAACGUGAAGAACUACAGGGAUCUGGCCACCGGAGAGAGCGAGAACGUGAAUCUCAAUGGCAAGAAAUACGGUUACAACGCCGCCACCGCCUCCGUCGAUGACAACGGCAAGUUCGGCACCUACAGUGUUCACUCGUAAAUGGUGUACCCGUCCCUAAUCGAAGCUAGAAACCUUUCGUGUUCUUAGGAAGUGGCUCAGUCCACGUUAAAUGUUUUUGUAAAUUAAUGUGAAUAAAAAAAAAUUAAUAUAAACCA